CUGGUUUGUUUUGCCUUGGUGGAACUCGCAGCAGGGUCAGCUCCUGCCCAGGCCCCUGCGUGGGGUUUUCCCUACAGCAGUGAUGUCACACUUGGAGAUGGUGCUGCUGAAGCUCCGUUACCCACACGGAAUGUUUGUGCUCGUGUGAUCCGUGCCCUGCAGAGCAGACCUUCUGCCAGACUGAAAGUCUGGAGGCUUCCAAGUCUUACUCCUCAAGAAGUAAACUGUAAAGAGCUUUGCUGUUAUCAGAGCUCAGAACAAAAAGCACUUUUUUUGGAGACAGGAGGAGACGAGACAUUAUUUGUGGUUUGUUUUUGUUUGUUUCUUUUUGGCUGUCUGCAUUAAGUAGAGAUGAAGGCUGAAGUUUGUAAUCUUAGAAAACUGCCUUGGUAGCUACAAAGUCAGAGUGUUCCUAAGUCAGAAUGACUUUUGGAAUGUCCUCAAUACUUUAGGAUCGUGUAAUAAUUAAACUGAGUUCUCCACUUAUGCUGUCCAAAAUACUGCGUACGUGUAAGAGGAGUAAGUGGCAUCAGGCUGGGCUGUGAACAGGUGAGACAAGGAGAACAAAAGUCUGUUAUGUGAGGUAGGUGGGCAGCAUGUGCCCAGGGCUGUUCAGAAGGUGGAAGCGGGGUCCCUGCACACCUCUCCAAGUGCAUUACAGUGCAGGCUUUCAGAAGGGGAAAGAAACGAAGCCUGGCAAGCACGCUGUGCCAUUGCACUGCUCUUGGGAGAGUCCGCGUGUCCUGUUUUCAUUAUCCGGCGUGAAAAGGUUAUCUAGAUUAUUGGGACAACCUCUUAAAUUAUUCCUGCUAACACUUACAGCACAGCUGGGGCUUCCUGUAGAACUUUCACAUGCAUUACACUGCAGUGUUGCUCCUGGAGUUGGUGGAGCAUCUGCAGGCUCACUUGUUCUGUUUGAGAGGCCAGCUUUGUACAGAGGCAGUGAAAGGACAAGGGCAAUGGCUUUAAACUGAAAGAGGAGAGGUUGAGGUCAGAUGUGAGGAGGAAAUCCUUCCCUCGGGGCGGUGAGGCGCUGCAGUGCUGCACAGAGCUGUGCUGCCCCGUCCCUGUGGGUGGGCAAUGGGCUGGGGGGCAGCCAGCACACAGCUGGGGAGUGGAGCUGCAUGGGCUGAGGUUCCUUCCAACCCAAACCGUCCGUAAUCUCACUGAGGCUGCGUGACAACGAAGGCCACAGCCCCUGUAAAAAGCUGUGAUUUCAGGCCAGCUGCUCUCGUACAACAUUUCUGUUUGGCAAAAGCCUGCCGUUACAUUAACCCAAACCAGGAUUCUUGUUGGACUCUUCAUUACAAUUGGCAAGAAAAAUACAUAAGGGUGCAAAGAUCUUUCUGUUUUCUUUGCCUUUUAAUAGACUUAUUUUGGAGAAACGUGUGGGAGAGGAGCAUUUCCUGGCAGGCUUUCUGUGCUUUACGUAAUUUGCUAUUGAGAGCUCUCAGCACUGCGGCUUCCUUCCUUUCUGUCAGCUUGGCAGUCAGAUCCCACCGAGCCCAGAUGUGUGGCGGGUUUGGACGAUCCCUCCCUUGGCACCACGGAAUGCAGUGCUCCCAGCAGCCCUUUGUAGCCAACAAAAAUCUGUUUGUGCUUUUUCCCUCCUGCUGUUUCUGAAGCAGCGAGAGCGAUGUGCUGUGAAGGUGCCUUAUCCUCAGGCUCCCCAGAGAGCCUCAGCGGUACAAAGCAGCCAAUCUGACCGUGCUGUGUUGUCAGAAGAAGUUGAGGAGUGGAUGAGAGCCAGGGUACAAAGUGCAAAAGCGAGGAAGCCUGAGUCUUGGCUCAAAGAAACUGGAUGGCUUCUACGGUGAGCCUGGGUAAAGAAACAUUAUUGGAAGAUGGAAUGCCCCCUGCAAAAAAGCCCAGGAAGCUGUUGCCAAGCCUAAAAACCAAGAAGCCUCGGGAACUUGUUCUGGUGAUCGGAACAGGAAUCAGCGCUGCGGUUGCUCCCCAGGUCCCAGCUCUGAAGUCUUGGAAGGGUUUGAUCCAGGCUCUCCUGGAUGCCGCUAUUGACUUUGAUCUUCUGGAAGAUGAAGAAAGCAAAAGGUUUCAGAAGUGUCUCCAUGAGUACAAGAACUUGGUGCACGUUGCCCAUGACCUUAUCCAGAAGCUCUCUCCGCGCACAAGCAAUGUUCGCUCAACGUUUUUCAAAGACUGUCUGUACGAGGUGUUUGAUGACCUGGAAUCUAAAAUGGAAGAUUCUGGGAAACAGCUGCUUCAGUCAGUGCUUCACCUGAUGGAAAACGGGGCACUGGUGUUAACCACAAACUUCGACAACCUGCUGGAACUGUACGCAGCACACCAGGGGAAGCACCUGGAGUCUCUUGACCUGACGGAUGAGAAGAAGGUGCUGGAAUGGGCCCAGGAGAAGAGGCAGCUCAGCGUCCUGCACAUCCACGGUGUGUACACCAACCCCAGCGGCAUCGUGCUGCACCCAGCCGGCUACCAGAACGUGCUGCGCAACACCGAGGUGAUGCGAGAGAUUCAGAAGCUGUAUGAAAACAAGUCGUUCCUGUUCUUGGGCUGUGGUUGGACUGUUGAUGACACCACGUUUCAGGCCCUCUUUCUAGAAGCUGAGAAGCACAAGUCAGACCUGGAGCACUUCAUGCUCGUGCGGAGAGGAGAUGUGGACGAGUUUAAGAAGCUCCGUGAGAACAUGCUGGACAAGGGCAUUAAAGUGAUUUCCUAUGGAGAUGAGUACACAGACCUGCCCGAGUACUUUGGGAGGCUGGCGAGUGAGAUUGCCACGCGGGGCCGAGCAGGUGUGCCUAAGGAGGGACAACAACUGAACGGCUCCGCCGCAGCGCACGCUGAGAUAACAGGCUGCAGCACGUGAGCCGCAGGCCAGGAGCGACGCCGCGCUCCCACAGCGCAGGGAGCCGCAGCACCGCGCGAGGGGAGGAGCGGCGCCCUGCUCAGAGCUGCUGCUGAGGCGGGCAGGCAGAGCCGAGGGCCGGGCCCCUCCUCACACAGAUACCUGACGACUGACUGUCCUUUUUACCAAGGCUGUUUGCUGGGGGGUGAGGUCUCCCCACCUCAGCUGCAGCCUCCUGUAAUUUCAUACUUAAUGCCUUUGUAUUCUGUACUUUCACUUCAGAAUGAAACUUGAGCAGUUUUUGUUUUGCUUUUUUUUUUUACUUGAAGCUCUAGUUUUAUAGUCCUUCCUUUGUACUGUACAGUAUUUUGUAUGUUGAAGCUCCUAUUAAAGGUCUGUUCAGUUCCAUUA